AUGGCUCCAAAAUCAAAGCUACCAUUCGACCGCGAGCUCGAAUCCCUCCUUCCAGACUAUGACGCCAGUCAGAGAUUACAGCUUCCGGGAGUCACUCAUGAAGAGCACAUUUUCCUCGGCCCUGAACAAAAUACGUUGAUCCUCUCGAUCUUCCGCAAGGAGGGUCCGCCAGGCUCUGUGCCACAGAAUCGACCACCCAUUUACCACAUCCAUGGUGGAGGCAUGAUUAUGGGCAAUUGCUUUUGCGCCUUAAGCGGCCUGCUCGAAUUCGUCCGCGACUAUGACGCCAUUUGCGCCACGAUCGAGUACAGACUUGCGCCUGAAUGUCCCUUCACUGCACCGAUCGAAGAUUGCUACGCUGCUGGGUACAACAGCACGUAG